GACUCCUGUAGCUUUAAUGACUAGCAGAGAUGCUUGUUUGUGUUACCAUUUCCUCCAAAUAAUUUUUGAAGCAUACAAAGGCUGUCUUGUUAAUUCUUUUUAUUCAAAAAUGCUUCACUCUUUUUGUAUGAGGUUUUUUUUUUUUGUUCAGGGAUUCUCACUUUUUAUUUUAAAAACUGAUUAUCAUGAUUAAGGUUUUUAAAACCUGGAAGUAGCCUGGGCCUUUGGGAUCUCUGAGUCUUCUUUGCACACUAACAAAUACCUCCCCAAUGUAGCUGUUGUCACCUUAUUAAGAAAAUAUUUAGGCUGCCUUUUGUCCAUCUGCAGAAAAAUCCUGAUGGGGGCUGACAAGGAGGUUUUUCUUAAUGCCCAUCAAAUUCAGAAGUAGGGCUACUUUAGAGAAAGUAUAUACUGUAAUGCUUCUAUGAAUAUAUCUCUGCCAGGAAUAAUAGCUUUUGGACUCAGUGUGGAUCCCCUCAUUUGAUCUACUUGACUCAAUCUUUUUUUUUCUGGCUCCACCACAUGCAUACCCUCAGGUGAGAGGGCAACCUUAUUGGUUAAGAUCGGUCCACACAUCCAUCUCCCCCCACCCCCGUUUUUACAACCCAUUCACAGACUUGGAGUAGCAAGCCAAUGUACCCUUGAGAGUCCUAUUAAUGUCAAUGAAGUUUUCCUCCAUAUUAACAUACAUCCUAGAAGUGGACCUCCUGGAUUGAGGGCAAGGCUAAACGCCGCUCAGGCGAGGCUCCUGUUGCCAAAAUGCUGCUGUUACUGAAACGGGCCAUGUCCGAUGGCAGGCCUGAACGGAGCCUUAGGCUCCGGGCUCUCUCCAUUCAAUCAGCUACGCUAAGGCAGCGCAAACAUGGGGACAGUUAAGAUGUAUAGAGGGUCGCGGUGGUAAAGCGAAUUCUGCAACUCUGUUGGCUGGGCUCUGAGUCAGAAUGCCCAAGGCGUAUAAAAAAUUAUCUUAGGCUCCAGCGUGCCUUCCAUUUCACAUUCCACUACCAGAGCUGCAAUUUUUCUACCUGAGCAGAUACGACCCGUAACAUCACAUGCUGCAAACGCACCCAGAGAGAAUCAUAUGUGACUAUGUCUGCACAUACACAUGUAUGCAAUCACUUAUAAAACUUACAAUUGCAGAAGACAAACCUUUAUACAUUACAUACAUUAAAACCUCCGACCUAUCAUUAAAAAAAGAGACAUCAUUAAUAUAGCCCAGAACAGCCGAGGUCUCAGGCAGCGAAAGAGCGGCGUUUCCAUCGGCUUCCUGAAUUGUAGAAGCUGAGGCGGCAUCAAGAUCUGGGGCUGCAGAGCAUUUCCGAGUGAGGGGGCGCCCCACAGCAAGCCCGCUUCCGCACCUUCGUCGGCCUAACUUCCAAGAGGAGGGAGCUCCGAGCAUCGUUUCCCAGGUUGAUUACACGGGAUGGACACACUCUGCAGAAGUCAUGAUAACAGCGGUGUAACAUUAUUAACCACAGGUCUUGAUAAUUUUGAAAUGAAACACCUAACGCGAAUCCCCUCCAACUUUUUACGAGAAGGAGCGAUUUCCAAAUUUGGGCCGUCCAGCCCCCUCUCAAGCGGCGCUGUUUCCGUGACGUCACCGCCAGCGGGAACCAAUGAGACCGCAAUAAAAAGGUGUGCCGGCAGCGGGAGAUCGUCUUCCCCUGGAAAGCGAAAAGGAGUCAGUCGAGUAGCGGCGAGAGCGUGCUGUGGCUCGCGGGGAUCUGUGGAAAGAGCCUCCGGUAGGCCGCGGCCUGGUGGCGGGUUUUCCUCAGGCAUGGGAAACUUUGUGGCCCGAGAGGAUUUCGAGUGGGUCUAUACCGACCAGCCGCACGCCGACCGACGCAAGGAGAUCUUGAGUAAACAUCCAGAGAUAAAAACCUUGAUGAAACCAGACUACAACGUGAUCUGGUUGGUUGUACUUAUGGUGCUUGCACAACUUAUUGCUCUUUAUCUUGUUAAAGAUUUGGAUUGGAAAUGGGUUGUAUUUUGGGCAUAUAUAUUUGGCAGUUGUCUCAAUCAUUCCAUGACUUUGGCUAUUCAUGAGAUUGCUCACAACAGUGCCUUUGGCAAUUCGAGAUCCUCAUGGAAUCGAUGGUUUGGAAUGUUUGCCAAUCUCCCACUUGGUGUACCAUACUCCAUAUCUUUCAAGAGAUACCACAUGGAUCAUCAUCGUUAUCUUGGUGCAGAUGGAAUUGAUGUAGAUAUUCCUACUGAUUUUGAAGGAUGGUUUUUCUGUACCCGUUUUCGAAAACUCAUAUGGAUUAUUCUUCAGCCACUUUUUUAUUCUGUUCGACCCCUCUAUAUUAACCCCAAACCAAUAUCUCGAUUAGAAAUCAUCAAUUUAUCAAUUCAGUUUAUCUUUGAUGUUCUUGUAUACUAUGUUCUGGGAAUAAAAUCAUUGUUUUAUCUGCUGGCAGGAAUAAUAUUGGGGCUGGGCUUGCAUCCUAUUUCAGGACAUUUCAUAGCUGAGCAUUAUAUGUUUUUAAAGGGAUAUGAAACAUAUUCGUAUUAUGGGCCACUGAAUAAGCUUACAUUCAAUGUUGGUUAUCAUAAUGAACACCAUGAUUUUCCUAAUAUUCCUGGAGCAAGUCUUCCACUGCUAAAGAAAAUGGCUCCGGAAUACUAUGACCACUUACCACAAUAUAACUCCUGGAUUAAAGUGCUUUAUGACUUUGUGAUGGAUGACACUGUCAGCCCAUACUCACGCAUGAAAAGACACACAAAAGGUGAUGAGAAACUAGAGUAACCUUUCAACCAAAAAGUUUCUUCACGAACUCGAGGCAUAGCUUCAUGGUAACUUGGUACAAGAUGUCACUUGAUAAAUACUUGUUGGUUUGUUAUUUUGAACAAGGCUAGAAUAUGGAUAUAUUGUUACAUUUUAAAACAGGUCUCUGAAAAAUUGAAAACUUUGGUAGUAGAAUUAAAAUGUUCCUACCCUUUCAAUUUUUUUCCUGGUAUAACUGUUCUGUGCAUAACAUUAGUAUUAGUAUUACAUGAUGUGUUUUGAUACCUGUUCUCUCAAACAUUGGUUCUUUAAACUUAAUUGUUUACGUUUAUACAAUUGGUUUCAAGAAAAAAGCAUAAGUAACUGCUGACUACAUAGACAACUCCUCUGCUUAUUUCUUCUUUUGCUAAUGGUAAUUAUUAAAUAAACUUCUGGUUAACAUUAAUUUUAAUUUACAUGGUAUAUUAAAAUGUCUGGCUUCAGUCUCUUCCAAAUACAUGUAUAUCAUGAAUUAGCAUAUGCAAUGCUAAUAUAGUAGAUGGACAGUAUUGCAUUAUAACUGCUGUUUAAGAAAGUAUAAGAUCCUUAAAAUCUACUAGUUCUCUCUGACCUCAAAAUAAACAUGUUAGCUAUUUGGUAACUAUUACAUUAAAUGUAAUUAAAAUCAGUAUACACCAACCAGAAAGGCCUGUCUGUGGAAAAUUAGUUUUUAUUCUGUGGACUAAAUUCAACAAUAUGCCAGCAUAUUUUGCAUUUGUGAAAGAGUAGUUUUUCUUUCUUUCCUCUACUUGGAGCCCCAGAGCAUGUCAUCUGAUCUUAUUUGGAGAAUAUCCAGAACUUUCAGAACAAGAAUUUGCGUACUUAUGGAUAGUGGAAUUUAACUUGCCAGCACUGUCAUUUAGUAGAAAGCCAUUUUUGUUUUGCAAAUGUUGGUAUGUUGCUACUCUAUAGGAUAUCUGCUUUGCUUCAGAUUAAGUGUUGGAUUAAUCUGCCUUGGUAACCUUCAUUAGUCGUACAAUUUACUGAACCCAGAUUUGUAUGUUAACCUCUUGUGCUUUUUUUUGUUUCUACCAGAGUAAGAGUUAUAUAAAUUAUGUGUGUAGAAUAUGAAGUGUGCAAAUAUAACAUAUCUUGCAAAUAAGGAAUAGAAAAUAAGUUGUAACAAAAAUUAUUGAAUACUUGAAUAAAGGUAUGUGCUAAAUUUCAUCAAUACAACUAUGCGUGAUCUUCGUGAAAGCAUAGUAAAAAUAAAUAUGCUCCUCUGGAUUAUA